CAGCUAUUUUGCUGUAUGGAGGAAAGUUCCAGUAACUUCUCCUUGAUCUGCAGCAUGGACAAGAUUGGUUUUCUCGCAGUUCUGCUGCUUGUGGCAGUGCCAUGUAGCAAGGCUUUUAAUCAAACAAUAAACGGAAAAUAUGGAUGUCUGGCUUCGCCAAAUUUCCCAUCCAGCUAUCCAAAUAACGCAAGAAAAUCAUACCAAAUCAUAACCAGUCCUGGAACAACAAUAGAGCUGAAGUUUCAAGUCUUUGAUAUCGAACAUCAUUAUGAUUGUUCCUACGACUACAUCCAGAUAGAAGAGAGCAACGGCGCUUCCAGGAAACUGUGUGGCAGUACUCCCCCUGCAGCUUACAUCUCCCAAAGCAAUGAGCUAAAGAUAUACUUCAGUUCCGAUCAAUCGGUUAAUCGACCUGGGUUCUUUAUUACUUUCCAAGAGAAAAGCGGAACACCAACAUCAACUCCUAUGCCAUCUCCAACACCACUUCCAGUUGAUGGUGGCUGGUGCAGUUAUAAUUGGACUUCCUGUUCAUCGUCUUGUGGCAUGGGCAUGCAGAGUGGCUAUAGAGCUUGCAACUGCCCACCCCCUUCAUACGGAGGGUUGAGCUGUAGUGGUGACUCUUACACAAGCAGAGCAUGCGGUGUACCCUGCCCUUCAUCAUCGCCUAGCCCAAUGCCAACUCCGACUCCAUCAAGCUGCAAUCAGGUCCUGUCCUCAUUGCAAGGGAACUUCACAUCACCUGGAUACCCAAUGCCCUAUCCGAAUAAUGCACGGUGUAAUUACGAGAUAGUGGUUCCCACUGGCAAGCGCAUCGUGCUUACCUUCAGUGACUUCGAUCUCGAGCAUAGUUACGAUUAUGUGCAAAUACAGCAGACUGUUGGCGGGUCCCUGCAGGAUGUUACCCGCCUUACUGGAGAUUCCCUCAACACGACCCAAUUUACAUCAGCCGAAAGGUCCUUUAAACUAAUAUUCUCUAGCGAUUCAAGUGUGACAAAGCGUGGUUUUUCUGCACAUUAUCACACAAUAGACUCAGGGAUAAUUGCAGUCAACGGUGGAUGGUGCGCCUGGGUCCCAAGUACUCCAUGUAGUGUUUCAUGUGGAUACGGCCAGCAAACAUUGUCGCGUUCGUGCACCUGUCCUCGUCCUAGCAACGGAGGAAGCCAGUGCACUGGUCCAAAUGUUUCCCAACAGCCGUGUUACCAAGGAAAUUGUCCCACACAAUCCUCUAUAAUUAUAGCACCUUCACCUACACCAACAUGCCAGCUGAAAUCGUAUACAGCACCGAGUGGCAUAUUUUCGUCACCUAACUUCCCAGGUCUGUACCCUAACAGCGCCAAUUGCGAGUACCAAAUCACAGUAGCAACUGGAAAGGCCAUAUCGAUAUCCUUUACCAGUUUUUCCGUGGAAUCUCAUUCAAGUUGUGAUUAUGAUGCUGUGAUAAUUUAUGAAGGAAGCUCAUCGACUGGUAAUACUCCGAAAGCUAAACUUUGUGGCGAUGGUCAAAAAACGUUCAAGUCAAGUGGAAACAGUGUGUUCAUAGUAUUUUCAUCAGAUGGCUCAGUCACAAAAAAAGGGUUUGAAGCGACAUAUGCAACCGUCAACAAAACUGACGGGUCAGGUGGCUCAGGUGGUGCAACUGUGAAUGACCCAUCCUGCGGAAUAACAAAAGUGGCCCAAACCCGUGUUAUUGGAGGCACUGAUGCUGCAAAGGGUGCUUGGCCUUGGCAGAUUGGUAUGUACGAACAAGGUUACUUUAUAUGCGGAGGUACUUUGAUUGCACCAAACUGGGUUUUGACAGCCUCGCAUUGUGUUGUUUCUUAUGGCAGCGUUGGAUCCGCAUCAGAUUACGAAAUUGUUGUAGGGGACUUGCAUAGGCAGCUGAACGAUACCACAGAGCAAAAGCACAAGGUAGAGCGCAUUGUCCCUCAUCCAAAUUACGACGGAAGAACCCUCAAUAACGAUAUUGCCUUGAUGAAGUUGCAAACUCCAGUUAUGAUGAACGACCAUGUGAGAACGGCUUGCAUCCCAGCCAAAACUGACGUUAUUGCAAUUGGAUCAACUUGCUUUAUUACCGGUUGGGGAAAAAUCAAACAUCCUGGAGAUGCCCAUACUAUGCUUCAACAAGCAAAGUUACCGGUAUUAAACUCAACUGUUUGUCAGAAAAAACUGGAUGCAACUAACUGGGGACUCUCCAUUACGAAACAGAUGGUCUGCGCUGGUGAGCCUGGUUCAAUCAAAAGUGGCUGUCAUGGUGACAGUGGUGGUCCAUAUGUAUGUCCAGAUUCUACGGGACGUUACUUUUUACAUGGUGACGUCAGUUGGGGUUCUUCACAGUGCGAUACAAACGAAGCAUAUACGGUAUUUGCAAGAGUGACAGAGUUCGUAGACUGGAUCAAGCAGUCACUGAGGGACUUGUAAAGAGAGAAACUCAUUAAAAGAUAAACUUUCAUUUUUUGUCACCAUAGGGGAUACAUUAUCAUUUUUCGGUAUUAUAAAUUUAUUUGUCAUAGUUAGCUUGCAUUGAAAA